AUGGAGAUACCCCCGGUGUCCGGAGAUAACGGCGACUCGUCCAAGCCUGGAUUUCGCGUUCUGCCGCGAGAAAUUCGUGACGAGAUCUACGGAUACUACUUCACGCUGGAAGAUGGUUAUACGUUCAACUCUAAGACGAAAAAGCUCCAUCCUACGUGCAAGCUGAAGAACUCUCUAGCUCUCACAUUGGCGAACAAGCAGAUCAAUCAAGAAACCCAGGGCCUCGCUCUGGAGCGCAACACGCUUCACUUCGCUACGUCAUUCGCCCUCGAGACUAGCGACACGCUUGGAAUGUUCGAUUAUCUCCUUAAGUAUAUCUCUACGACUCAGUCAAGACUCUUGCUACGACUGAUCGCGAAAUCGAACUGGGUUGCUUGCCAAGCUUACGCUCACGUUGAGAAGCACUACCCUCGCUUCUUACCUAUCGUCAACCACGCCCGAGACGGGAACUAUGAUGAUCUUUCAGCAGACAACAAAUGCUGGAAGGAGACUCCGUCGAUUGCCCGAGCGUUCGUUCAAGAGACCCUGCACUCUGUAGUAGGACAUGAGAAGUUCCCCAAGCUUCCAGCCCGAGACCUAGGCCCUUCCAUGGAACAUUUCACGGUCGCGAACGCGCAUUUCGAAGCCUGGCGUGUUCCCACUAAGGACGAAGUCGAGAACUUGGCAUUCCGCACGCACCAGAUCCCAUCAGCGGAAGCGCUGUCGGCUAGGGCGCCAGUGCAUCCGGAUUCGGACGACUUUGAUCGGAUAAAGUUUUGGAACGGAGAAAAACACCGAAGUUCAGCCGCAUCUCUUGCGAUCCAGUUUAUACAAUCUCUGGAGGAAACAUCAAGAGUCAAGAUCAGGAGCGUUGUGCUGAAUGAAGAUCAGAUCUCUGUGGCGUGGCCUGAGUCUCAUGGUCGCGGCUUUAUACCAAUCUGCCAGGAGAACCCCCAAAUCCGAAUCAAGCGUCGUGUCAAUCUUUGGGGAAACGCUACCAUGGAUCCCCAGCAAGCGAACGUCUGCACGCCGGACUCAUUAGUCACAAAUGUUUCGCCCAGUGGUUAA